AUUCACUGCAACUGUCAGGCUGCGACAGAUUGACUUUUGAUUUUGACAUUAAAAUUCCCUUUUUUUCGUCUGUGGUCUGAAGUGGUUGGUGUGCUACGAAGUUGAAAAUAUUCUAAAACCCAGAUGUCGCUGCAGCGCUUGGCAGCGCUCCGGGCGCUGAUGUCCAGCCAGCCGGCAGCGCUGAGCGCCUACAUCGUGCCCACAGCUGACGCGCACAACUCGGAGUACAUCUCGCCAGCGGAUGCUCGUCGUGAGUGGUUAUCUGGGUUCACCGGCUCAGCUGGCACCGCAGUGGUGACCACUGCCCACGCGCUGGUCUGGACCGACGGGAGGUACUACACGCAGUUCGAGAAGGAAGCCGAUCUGACGAUAUGGACGCUGAUGAAACAGUCGUUACCAGACACUCCGAGUAUUGAGAAAUGGUUGUCCACCAACCUCCUCGCCGGCGCUGUGGUGGGCGUCGACCCUAAGACGAUGACCAGGGAGGAAUGGACCCCACUGCAGAGUGCUUUAACAAAAGCGAAGAUGCAACUAAUAGCUGUGGACAGUAACCUCGUCGACCUGGCGAGGGUCCAACUCAACGACCCCCCACCAGAGAGACCCCACAACGAGAUUAUACACCUACCCUCACAAUAUACUGGUAAAACGGCCGGUCAGAAAAUAUCUGAGUUACGAGAGAAAAUGUCGCUAAAGAAAGCGGCCGCGUUGGUCAUCACCGCUUUAGAUGAAAUCGCGUACACACUAAACUUACGCGGCAGCGACAUAGCGUACAACCCCGUGUUCUUCUCCUACCUACUGAUCACCCCCACUGCGGUGCAGUUGUUCUGGCACUCUGGUGACGUCACAGCCUUGGCCGACAGCCUGCUAGAGGAGGGGGUCACUCUGGAGGGGAAGCCUUAUGGAGAAAUUGUACCCGCGCUGAGGGAGUUUGCUAAAAAGCUGUCAGAAAGUGGAGACGGUGAACAUUCCAUAUGGUUGUCGGGAGAAGCGAGCGAAGCUAUACACAGAGCUGCUGCGGGGGAUGGUGAUCUCAAAAAGCCUCUUAAUUUGAUCUCAGAGGUAUCCCCUGUCGCUUUGGCAAAGUUGAUCAAGAACGAAGUCGAGUUAGAGGGUUUCCGUCAGUGCCACAUAAGGGACGGUAUAGCAGUGGUGAGGUUCUUCCGCUGGCUCCAUGCGCAGCUGGACGCCGGUCACCAGGUCACGGAGAUCCAGGCUGCUGACAAACUGUUGGACUUCCGCAAGGAAGAGAAGGACUUCAUGGGUCCAUCGUUCGAGACCAUCCCGGGUGCGGGCGAGAACGGUGCCGUCAUACACUACAGCCCGAAACGAGACGGAACGCAACGCGACAUCCGUCGAGACGACAUGUUUCUGCUGGAUUCAGGCGGACAGUACAAGGACGGGACAACUGAUAUAACCCGUACGAGGCACAUGGGUGAACCGGAACAGUUGCAAAAGGACAACUUUACGCGCGUCCUCAAAGGGCAGAUAGGUGUUGGAAGCGCUUUAUUUCCCAAGGGAGUAAAGGGCAACGUACUGGACAGUUUCGCCCGCAAGGCUCUCUGGGACGUGGGGCUGGACUAUGCGCACGGCACCGGACACGGGGUGGGGCACUUCCUCAACGUGCAUGAGGGUCCGGCCGGCGUGUCCUGGCGCCCCUACCCGCACGACCCCGGACUGAGGGCCGGACAGAUCUUGAGCAACGAGCCCGGUUACUAUAAGGUGGGGGAGUACGGCAUUCGCCACGAGGACCUGGUGGAGACCAUCGCUGUCACCAAGGACACCAAACAUCCUCGGGCAGGCGAUCUGCUCGGCGACUACGAAGGGCGCGGCGUGUUGGGUUUCAACACCAUAACUUUAGUGCCGCAUCAGAAAACUUGUGUCAAUGAAGGGCUAUUGACUGAUUUUGAGUUAAAAUAUUUAAAUGAUUACCACGAGAGGGUUUUCAAAACGCUUGGACCGAUUUUGAUUGAACGCGGACUGCAAGAAGAUCACGAUUGGUUGGAGAAGGAGUGUUCGCCGAUUUUGAGAUCCUGAAGUAUCGAGAAGUAUUCAAAAUGUAACUCCAAUAUUUAUUACUUUAUAGAAAUAAAUGUUUAAAAAAAAAAUA